UUGGCUCAACCGCUUCAGAUUGCAGAGUGCGCGAGCCCUCCUGUUCCAGGGGGCCAUGGAUACCGCCCCCCAGAAUUUCUCGGCGGAUGGCUCUCGCCGCACCGCGGUUGCGCUCUCAUGCGCCGUCUGGUACGUGCUCGGCGUCUCUUUGCUGGUGGUCCGCGUGGCGAGUCUGUCGAGGCGCAGCUCAGCUCCAUUCUCGCUGGGCCGCCGCUUGGGCCAUUUGGCCAGGGUGUGCAGGCGCUCCCUCAUACAUAAUGCUUCCGUCGCGAAGGAGCUACAGGAAAGAAGGCUGACUCGCGCCCAUGGCUGGAUUGAAUAUGGCGUCUUCGCCGCCUUGGUUGUUAUAGUGGUGAUCUCCAUACGGAUUGUGCAGCCAUCCCCUCGCUUCCACUCCUCCGUGCAGGACGUCUCCGUUCUGGUGCCCUGCUUCGUAGUUCUCUUUCUUGCGGCAUUCCCGGCCAUGGUGACUCUAACUACUUUGGACGUAUGGUCCUCUAUAAUUGCAGCGUGCAUCGUGAUGUGGAUGUCGCCAUUCGCGCUAGAACAACAGCAUGCGGCCCCGUCCGCCCUGCUGCCAUUUUCAUCCAUGAUGCUGGUCAGCAUGUUCAACCUGAACUUGCGGCUGAAUCUCCUGUGGGUCUGUGCAUUGACCGUAUCGGCCUGCAGUUCGAUCCUGUUCGGCUAUGAGCACCCGCUCAGGGGCCGCGAGGGCUGCGCCAGCGGCCUGUCGCCCUCCCAAAACGGGACGCACAUUGUCAUGUCGGGCAUGAUUGUGGCAGGUAGUGUCAUAUGCAUUCACAGGUUCAUCUGCUUGGCCGCGCAGUACGAGAUUGAGGCCUGCAUCUCAAGGAACGAGCUGCAGGCUGCUCACUCGGUGCUGCGGGCUGUCUGCGAUGUGGUGGUGGAGCUCGACAGCAAUCUCUGCUUGCAGGUCGAGUCUCCCAGUCUCGUCGAUAUGCUCUUGCUGAACUCGCAGCGGUCCCUCUUGGGCAAGGACGUGAGGUCGUUCCUGGCAUCUCCGCAGGACCGCCAGAAGUUCACCGAGCAGUUGAGCCUAGCCGUCUUGGACGACGCGGGACGCUGCGCGGCCUUCCACGUUUGCAUGAAGGACGGCUCCGGCAUAGCGCUUGUCGUCGAGGUGUUCUCCAUGAGAUUUGUGACUCGGGGCGCGCAAGCGGCGUAUUUCGUCGGCAUCCGUGAGUUUACCGACAGCGCCCCGAUGUUCACCAAGGGUAGUGCGGCGGAGGUGAUCGAUGGCGACAGACAGGACGGCUACGCCCCAGUGGUGGGUUCCCCACCCCCAGCCACGCUGGCAGAUGGGUCUUCUCAAGAUUCGUCGGACGUGGACCCCGACGCUCCCGCGGGGGACGUGGAGUUCCUAAUCAAGGCGGAGGCCGUGGGCUGGAUCGACGUCCUUACCCCGGGCUACACUGUGAGGCACACCACCCCCGCAUUCGCUCAACUCUUGCAAGCCGGCAGCGAGCUUCUGGUCGCGCUGAAGCUGAAGCCAGCCCAGCGGGUAGAUUUCAUCGAGUGGGUGCAGGGGGCAUAUCUCGACCACCUGCAGGAGGGAUCCGGCCCUGUCCACAGGCGAUACGGCGAGCGGCUCCAAAUCAGGUGCUCCGCCCCCGCGGCCGCACGCGGGAUGCGCCCGCAGCGGGCGCCGCCAAUCUCGGCCCUCCUGACGCUGGACCUGACACCACCCCCUGGCGAGCAGCCCCACGGCAAUGGCGUCGUGCGCAUCGUGCUCCAGGACCUCCGCGCGCGGAGCCCGGCGCGCCCGCCGAGGCGGGGCACCCCGCCGGUCGCGCCCCGGACCGGCCUGGGCCGCCCGCGGGAGGGCCCGCGGCCCGCGGGCCGCGGGGCCCGCGGGGGCCGCGGCCGAG